AUCAGCUGUUGGCCCCAACCUCAAAACGCUUCUCAGUAAGGAUUUGAAUUUUUUUGGAGUUUUGCAUAAUGUUGCCUCUUCGUUGGUGCUUGCUGAAACCGCUUCAGGAUGCAUUCCGACAUAGCCGUCGCCAACUGGCGCAGAAGAAUCUUCUGGAACUCACGGAUAGAGGAUUUUUCCAGGGCAUUUUUCCCGACACGGCAGCUCCCAAGAUGAAGCAGCUUUUUACCAGCGGCCAGCAGAGUAUCUACGCGGGAUUCGACCCCACCGCCGACAGCCUGCACGUAGGCAAUUUGCUAGUAAUCAUGGGCCUAAUCCACUGCCAGAGAGCCGGACACAGACCCAUUGCUCUUGUAGGAGGAGCUACUGGUCUCAUUGGGGAUCCCAGUGGACGCAAUACGGAGCGCAACCAGCUGGGAGAGUCGGUUAUCGAGACCAAUCUUAAGGCCAUAGAGCAGCAACUGAGGCGGGUGUUCGAGAACCACGAGAACUGUCUUUGGGACACGAACAAAGAAAAAUCUCCACUCGCUCCAUUAACAAUUGUUAACAAUGCCGAUUGGUACACCGACCUGCAGCUCAUCGACUUUGUAGCUAACAUGGGCCGUCACUUUCGGAUGGGUUCAAUGCUGUCCAGAUCCUCAGUGCAGUCCCGUCUGGGAUCGGAGGAUGGAAUGAGCUUCACCGAAUUUACCUAUCAGAUCUUUCAGGCCUACGACUGGCUGCACUUGUUGCGCCGCCACAAUUGCUGUUUUCAAAUGGGAGGCUCCGAUCAGACGGGCAAUCUAAUGACAGGCCAUGAGCUUAUAAGCCGCGUGGAACGGAAGAGCGAGGUAUUCGGACUUACCCUGCCACUGGUGACAACAGAGGAGGGCGACAAGUUCGGCAAGUCGGCGGGCAACGCAGUUUGGCUAGACGGGGAUAAGACCUCGCCCUUCGCCCUCUACCAGUUCUUCCUGCGCAUGCCAGACUCUGAGGUGGAAAAACUUUUGAAACUGUUUACAUUCAUUCCGCUACAACAGGUGGAGCAGCUGAUGUGGGAGCACGCGAAGGAACCGGAGAAGCGGAAAGCGCAAACUUUGUUGGCCGAAGACGUGACGCUGCUGGUUCAUGGAGAAAGUGGACUGAAGCAGGCGGAACGUGUGACCAAUGCCUUAUACAAGGGGAAUGUGGAAGGCUUGGCGGAGCUAAAUCUUUCCGAGAUCCAGCAGACUUUCCAGGGUGCCACCAUGGUGGACCUUUUGACUGAGCCAGGCAUGUCCAUCCUGCAGUUGGCUAUGAAAGCGAAAUGCUUUCCCACCGAGAGUGAUGCUGUGCGUAUUAUAACGGCAGGCGGAUUCUACGUUAACCAGAAGCGGGUGCAGAACAUCGCAGAGGUGCUCACCACGGGCAUACACAUUCUACGCAACGGAGUCUCUCUACUGCGUGUGGGCAAAAGGAACUUUUACAUCGUGCGCUGGCAGUAGCCGACAGAAACCUUGUUAUCCGCUAAUUGUUACUUUUAAUUUGUGUUAAAUAAUUAUAGGCUUGCUUAAAUUU